CACUUUUUAAUUUAUCUUGCUCCACUUCAAUUUAUCAUUCUCUCUCCUAAAACAAAACCCCAUCUACUACUGAUAAACAAAUAAGGGAAGGGGAAAAGGGUCAAAUUGAAGGGUUCCUGUUACCAAAAUCACUGGUGAAAUUCUCGACGGCAUUGUUAUCGAUGGCCCCGAAAAAGAACAAAAACAAUCAAAUAGGAGAUAGGAUAAAUGAUGGUGAAAUCCAAGAAUUGGUCAAUGUAAGCCGGAUUACUUGGUCCAAUGAAUUAAUCCAUACCCUUUACGAUCUUUGUAUAAAACACACAAUGUGGAGUAGAGGGAAAUCUGGUGCCAAAACUUCACACCAAUUACUAUGAAAGAAAGUAGUGGAAGAUUGGGAAAUAAUCACAAAUUUAGUCUGGGAUAAAGGUCGACUUAAAAAUAAAUUGGAUGGGAUGAGGCCUAAAUGGAUACUUUGGAAACAAUUGAAGUCCAAAGAGACCGGAUUAGGAUGGGACAAUGAGAAAAGAACUGUUGCAGCUAGCGAUGAGUGGCGGGCCUUAAAAAUACAGGUAUACAUGGAUUAUAAUAUGCAAAUUCGAAUGCUCCUCUUAUGUAAGGAAUACAUGGAUGAAGAGGAUACAUUUUGGGAUUUGAUGGCUUGCAUAAUAGGUUGUAUUAGCAAGUAUUACUUAAAUCAUAUUUAUAAGGUACCAUGCAUGACCUCAUAUUUUACUGGACAAAGGUGGAUGAUUGAAUUAUUAAAUGGUCAUGAAACACGAUGUUUUAAUGAUCUUAGAAUGUAUCCUCCUUUGUUUAUGCAAUUAUGCACAGAUUUGGAAACUAGGUAUGGUUUGAGGCCAUCAUAUCGUAUGUCGAUUAUAGAAAAAGUAGGCAUAUUUAUUUAUGUCCUUGCUCAUGGUGCCCCAAACAAAAUAACUCGGGAACGUUUCCAGCACUCUGGAGAAACUGUGAGUAGAGUAUUCAAAGAAGUAUUAUAUGUUAUGGAUGGAAUGUCUAGGGAUAUACUUGUACCUAGAGAUCGAGAUUUCAAGGAGGUGCCGCAAAAGCUAGCUAACGAUGCUAGAUACAUGCCGUACUUCAAGGAUUGUAUUGGAGGUAUAGAUGGAACACAUAUAUCAAUAAUUGUUCCCGAAGAGGAUCAAAUACGUUAUAGAGGAAGGAAAGGGAUACCAACUACAAAUGUUUUAGCGGUAUGUGACUUUGAUUUGUUGUUUACAUAUGUCUUAACUGGAUGGGAAGGUUCAGCACACGAUUCUCGUAUAUUUCUUGAUACAAUCGGUGAUCCAAGACUCAAGUUUCCAAAACCACCAGAAGGUAAAUACUAUGUUGUGGACAAAGGCUAUCCAGAAAGAAAGGGAUAUUUGACACCUUAUCCUAAGACGAGGUACCAUCUAUCGGAGUAUCGUGGUGCAAAUCCGAGAGGUAUCAAAGAAGUUUUUAAUCGUGCUCAUUCAUCCUUGAGAAGUUGCAUUGAAAGGUCAUUUGGUGUUCUUAAAGCUCGAUGGAAGAUUCUAGAUAAGGUUCCUAUGUACUCAUUCAAAGAUCAAAAUAGAAUAAUAUGUUCUUGCUUUGCAUUACACAACUAUAUUAGACGAAGUAGUAUUGGCGAUCCGGCUUUUAGACUCGUGGAUAGAGAUCCUAACUUCAUACCCCCCGAGGGAAUUGAGGAUGUUGAAACUAGUGUCCCUCCAUGUGUUCAAGAGUCGUCAACUAGGGAAAUGACAACAGUUCGCGAUAACAUUGCUGCUUGUUUACUAGAAGCUAGACGACUAAGGAGACUUAGACGAGUACAUUAGAUAAUUUAGAUUCUUAUGGGUUUUUAUUCACAAGUUACAUAACUUAGAUACUUCAUGCUUUGUUCACUUUAGAUUGUAUUAGAUUGUAUUACGACAAUCUAUUUAUUGAUUAUUUGUACUUCUAAUAAAAACACUAUUUCUCUUUUUCUAA